UCUGAUUGGUCGGUCGGUAUUAUCAAUGAAACUUGUGGACGUCACUAUUUAGAAGACUAACUUUUUUAAAGGGGAAAUAUAAAUAUUAUUGUUUAUUAAAUAAAAAAAAAAAUGGCAUUUACUCUUUGGACUCUUUUUGAAGCUUCCCUUUUAUGCCUAAAUGCUAUUUGUGUAUUACACGAAGAAAGGUUUCUUGUAAAAAUCGGCUGGGGAGCUAGACAAAAUAUUCAAGGAUUUGGUGAAGCCCCUUCUAUAAAAUCACAAAUGUUGAAUUUAGUACGAUCUAUUAGAACAGUUGCAAGGUUUCCAUUAAUAUUUCUCAAUAUAUUAACAAUAGUUGUAAAAAUGAUACUUGGGUGAUGAUACAAGUGAAAUAAAUUCGGCUGAUGUAAAAUACAGAACUCGUAAGAAUAAAAGUACAACUUCUUUUUUAUCUAAUGUAAGGUAUCAAAUCUUUAUAUACAUAUUUAUUGUAUGAAUUUACGUAAUUUAAGAUAAAUAAACCAAAUGUUUGUAUUGAAAUAUAAAUAAUAUUUUUUACAAACUCUA